CGGAAGUCGUGUGUGUGUGUGUGUGUGUGUCUGAUCGCGCGUGCACAUGUGUAUGUGUGUUUGCUCGCGCGUGCACGUAUGUGUAACCGCGGUAUGAAAAUGGCGAAUUAGGGGAAGCCACCAUCUCAUACGGAGGAUCAUGGGAAACGCCAGCAGUGAGAGAAGUGCACAGGGAGAAAAAAACCAGAGGAGGAGUGGAGGGAAGGACACCAAAAUCCUCCUGACCGAUGAUACUGACCUGUUCCAGGACGAUGCGAAGGAGUUCUUGGCGUGGCAGAAGGAUGUUCAGUCGCAAACUAAGUGUGUAACUGGACACCCCACGGUCUUUGAGUGGUCCGGACCGGCAAAAGAUGUUUAUGUCUCUGGCUCCUUUAAUAACUGGGCCACAAAAAUCCCUCUGUCCAAGAGUCAGAAAAAUUUCACGGGAAUCGUGGAUCUUCCUGAAGGAGAGCAUCAGUAUAAGUUUUAUGUAGACGGACAAUGGACUUUAGAUCCUAAGAAGCCGGUCAUCACCACUAAAUCCGGCAUCGUCAACAACGUGGUUCUGAUCUGCCAGACCGACUUCGAGGUCUUUGACGCCCUGAAAAGCGACUCUGAGAUUAGCGCCGACGGAUCAGAUGUGUCCAGCUCUCCCCCCGGACCAUACCAUCAGGACCCCUACUCCAUUAAAGCAGAGGAGCGCCUGCGCACUCCGCCCAUCUUGCCUCCUCAUCUGCUGCAGGUUCUGCUGAAUAAAGACACCGGAGUCUCGUGUGAUCCUGCUCUGCUUCCUGAACCCAACCAUGUGAUGCUCAAUCACCUGUACGCUCUCUCCAUCAAGGAUGGCGUGAUGGUCCUCAGCGCUACACAUCGCUACAAGAAGAAAUACGUCACUACACUGCUCUAUAAACCCAUCUGAGCUUCAUCACUCUCACAGUUACAUCGUCAGCACUAUACACACACACACACACACGUGAGGAUGAAACCACCAAAGACAUGAAGCUGCUGUAUUUUACCAAACUCCAUGCUGAAUGCUACAUUCCUGUACAGGAUUAGCCUGAUUAGCAUCUUGUCAAUGUUUUAGUUCAGAGACAGAGAUUUAUUCCAGCACUGAUUUAUUUACUGAAAUUUUAAUGUUUUAUUGAAUAUUUUUUAUAAAGAACAUCCACUGUACUGAACAAGUGAAACUUCUGUUUAGAAAAGAAAUAAACUGUUAAAUAAAA